AUGGGCGAUGCGGGUUUAGCGGGGGCGUAUGAGGUUGGCGCCGCGACGCUGCAUGAAUAUUUGCGCGCGCGCGCGGCGGACGCGGUGGAGGCGUCGACGAGCGCGCGCGAGGCGGAGGAUUGCGAGAACGAAGCGGCGAUCGUUCGGGCGCUCGCGCGGACGUGCGCGAAGAUUGGGCGGUUCGUGCGACGCGCUGGAUUGACGGACGUGAAGGCGUACGUGGAGGGGAAGAAUGGGGCGGUGAACGUGCACGGAGAGGAACAGGCGGCGCUGGACGACGCGGCGCACGAGAUGUGCGUCGAGGCGCUGCGCGAAGAGGGGUCGUCGGCUUGGAUCGCGAGCGAAGAGAGCGAGGACGUGGUCGCCGCGAAUCCGAGAGGACGCAUCGCGGUUGUUUUCGAUCCCUUGGACGGGAGCUCCAACAUCGAGUGCGGCGUCGGCGUGGGGACGAUUUUUGGUCUCGUCGGCGUCGAUGAAAACUCCGCGGCUGCAUCCGUGUACGCGCGUCCGGGAAACGACAUGCGCAGCGUUGGAUACGUCAUGUACGGCGCGUCGACGAUUCUCGUGUUGAGUUUCAUGUCCACCGGCGCGGUGUGCGCGUUCACCUACGACGAGAGUCUCGACGCCUUUGUGCUCACAAAGGCAAACAUUCGCAUCCCGACUUCGGGCAACGUGUACAGCGUGAACCAGGCGAAUUAUCGAAAAUGGGACGACGUUAUGCGAGCAUACAUCGAUGAGUGCUCGAAGGAGAAGAAGUCGCUUCGAUACAUUGGUUCCAUGGUCGCCGACGUCCACAGAACACUGCUGUACGGGGGGACGUUUCACUAUCCCGCGGACGCGUCCAACCCAAACGGCAAGCUUCGAGCGGUGUACGAAUGCUUCCCCAUGUCGGCCAUCAUCGAGCGCGCUGGGGGCUUGGCGAUUUCUGCCGCCGAUACGCGCGUGCUGGAUUUCGUUCCGACGUCGGCGCACGAGAGAAUGCCCAUUCACGUCGGUAGUCCCGCGGACAUCGAGCGCUUGUCGCAAAUGUAUCGCGAGUCGCCUGGCGGCGCCGCCGCGGUACGGAGCACGUUUUCUCCACUUUAA